CCACUUUUUUGGAUUUUUGAAUGUUUCUUCCAGUUUGCCUUUAUGCAUUUUCGAGCCAAGUUUUAUGCACUUGUGCCACUGUAUGUCAUUUAUUAUAUGGUAAGAUCACAGCUAGCGACAUCUAUACCACCUACGUAAAAUGUCCACCAAAUUUCGUCAGGCUUCAGACACCCUGCUCCAUGGAGAGUUUGGUGUCUACCCAUCCAAAGGUAUUCGUUAUGCACUCAGUCUGACCCAAACAGGGCUCCAUAUCCAGAGACUGGUGCCCAAACCUGAAGAUGACCAACGAACAGUGCUCCCUAUUAUGGACAUGGUGGGAUGUCAUACUCUACGGAGUAGUGGCACAAAUGAAAUUUUUGCCUAUUUUUGUAUUUAUUCCUAUCCGAUGAAGAAGAAGAAGGUUGCAAUGGGCUCCACACGCACACGCCAAAGGUUGGUUCGCACUUUUAGAGUGGAUGAAGCCUCUGAGUAUGAGCGAAAUCAGUCCAUUGCUGAGAAGUGGGCAACUGCAAUCAAGUGCCUGAUUCAAGAAGUCCCAAUCUCUAGUGAUAUGGAGAUUACUCCAGAUCUCCAGCCCAGGGCCCGGCGAUUAAUGCUAAUACUGAAUCCUUGUGGUGGACGUGGCAAUGCUCUGCAGCAGUGUCACACACACAUUCUGCCUCUAAUCACGGAAGCAGAUAUCAGCUACAACCUCGUACAAACAGAGAGACAAAACCAUGCUCGAGAGCUGAUACAGACUAUCAAUCUGGAGGAGUGGGAUGGCAUUGUUGUUAUUUCUGGAGAUGGGCUCCUGUUUGAGGUUAUUAAUGGUUUGAUGGAACGCCCUGAUUGGGAAGAUGCAAUAAAGAUGCCUAUUGGGAUUCUGCCUUGUGGCUCAGGAAAUGCCUUGGCUGGAGCUAUUAACUACAAUGCAGGGUUUGAGCAGGCAAUGGGAUCAGAGCUGCUACUUAACUGUAUCUUGCUGCUGUGCCGUGGUACUGUUAUGCCUAUGGACCUCGUGUCUGUCACUACUUGCUCUGGUACUCGCUGUUUUUCUUUCCUGACUAUUGCUUGGGGUUUCAUCUCUGAUGUGGACAUAGAAAGUGAAAAAUACAGACACAUGGGCUCUGCCCGCUUCACUGUAGGGACCAUGGUAAGAGUUGCUUCUUUGCGCACUUACAGAGGCCGCCUUUCUUAUCUGCCUGUAUUGGAUGCUCACCGUCCCAUUUGCAGGAGUAUCACCUUAUCUCCCAAUGGGAGCCUUGCUCCUUUGCAGCGUUCCCAACUGCACCGUACUAUUUCUGAUAUUGGUCUUUGUGAGGAGCGUAAUAUUAUGUAUGAGCGAAACUCUGCUACACUCGACACCAGUGAGCUACCAAGCUUUGAGACUUCACCCUCUCCUGGCUCUCCAACAGCAUUGCACUCCUCUAAGUUCAAGUUUGACUCCGUGCCUAAUGACCUGUCUGAGCACGAUCAAGUGCUGCAAAAUGAUGUAGACCGUCCUACACGCAACCAGGUAAAUGGACCCAAGGAUGAUCAUCUGCCUUCUUUGGGCCAACCUUUGCCCAAGUCCUGGGUUACUGUGGAAGGAGACUUUGUUCUAGUGCUGGGUAUUUAUCAGACUCACCUUGGGGCUGACUUAUUCACAGCACCAUUUUCCUACUUUGAUGAUGGACUGAUUCACUUAUUGUUUGUUAAGGCGGGAAUCUCUCGGACAGCCCUUGUUCGUCUCUUUUUGGCCAUGGAAAAGGGGACACAUGUUGGAAUGGAAUGUCCAUACCUUGUGCAUGUUCCUGUUCGAGCAUUCCGUUUAGAGCCUCUCACGGAAAAGGGAAUCCUUACUGUGGAUGGGGAGCAGGUAGAAUAUGGCCCAAUUCAGGCUCAAGUACACCAAGGACUUGGAAACCUCAUCACCGGGUCUGGUAGAGUCCGUAUGACCUCUUUCUAGGCCUUGCUGUUAUUCUAAUAGUCUUGUGCAAUGCAAUGAUCCCUCUUGUUCAGCUACAUUUUUGGUAGAUCUAGAAAACAAAUGAUUGCUCUGGGUUAGAAAUGAUGACAUUUUAUUUUCGGCAUGUGCCUCUGUAUAUUUUUCUGACGCUAGUCACUAAUGGGAGCAUGGUCUGGAUGUGUGACUUGGUGUUAAUUGAUAAUGUAAAUAUGCAAGGAAAAACUUUUAGGCAAGUUUUACUGCUAAUGCACAUAAGUAGAACUGCUUGCUAAAAAUGUUGUUCUAGUUUUCUUACCGUUUUACUAUUUUAUAUGAGCUUCCUAAAUCCUAAUAAUCCUUUAUAAGGCAAGAAUCAGUUGAAAAAUUCAGGUGAAAGAUUAUAAUUGUUGUAA